UUAGGGGGCGUGGUCCACCUUUUUGGUGAAGGUACAAAGGUAGCAGUCCGCUAUCCACCUGUGCGUCCCCAAUAACCUCGAACAAGGAAAUAGCAAACUAACAGCAAAAUGUGUGAUAUGCGAUGCCAUGAAGUAGGGCUACAAUGGGAAAUAAAGUAACAAGAACCUUCGAUAAGUGGGGUGUUGAUACAAAGAAGCUUAAGCUACGGAGUAAAAAGAGGAAAGAUGCACAGUCAACUCCUCCUGAGCAGACAGCAGAUGUCCAUCUGUACGACACUGUGCCAGACGAGCCUGUUUAUGCGAAGGUGAACAAGAAGAAACGACAGCCCGAGGAGGAGCUCCACUAUGCUGAAAUCCAAGUGUUGCAGUCAGGACAGAUGGCCAGCAGAGGGAGACAGAGGCCACCUCCAGUCAGCAGCACUGAGUACGCCUCCUUAGACUUCAGCACCACACCGCACACAAAGGCCCCAGUGUCUGCCAGUGCCAGCUCCAGUUCCAGGGAAGCUGCAGAUAUUCUCAUACCUCCUGGAGCUCUGCAGAGACCAAAAUCCAAAUCACACAAAAAGAGGGGUCACUGUGCUGAAGAUUUGAACGCUGUGUUUGUUUGAUUGUUUUUUUUUCUUCUUUUUUUUAAUAAAAGGCUAUAUGGAUUUUUAUUUUUAUUUUUUAAGUUUGGGAGAGAUGCAGCAGACUGGAAUUUGUAGCCUAAAUGAUCAAGCCUGUUUAAUUCUUUGUUCUUAAAAGCUCUGUGAUUAUUCUUUUGAUCAAAUGCAUGUUUUUCUUUCUUUAUUUUGUACAUGCAAAUAUAUUAUAGAAGAUUUACACUGCA